AUGGUGCAUUCGGCCGAGUAUGGUCGUACCCGAAAUACCCGCAAAAGAACAUAUUAUGCUCCCGUGGGGGUGGUCUCCGGGGUGCCCUUCCCAGCCCCACCUCCAGGGGUGAAUUUUCAGUUUUGCGAGUGCCGUGCGUUUCCAGCCUCCGUGCUCUACUGGGCCUCGUUACGGUGGUAUUGGGGCACAUUUUUCGCACACAAGCUAACCCUUGUAGGUUUUGGGUUGUGCCGGCCUGGUGGGUCGCCGCCGCCUUCUGUCACAACUUUGGCCAGCUGGUGGUGCCGGGGUGGGGUGGCGGUUUUCUGGCCGAAGCAGGCGGCCUCUACAAUAGUUGCGCCUCUGCUAUUUUGGCGUUCUAUUGGGUUUUAUUCUUCUUUUGGUCGUUCGUAG